ACGAAACAACGUGACUCAGAACAAAACACCCACAUCCAUCCAGUCUCGAAUUUCGAGUCUAUUGCGUCGCGCAAGAUACCCGAUUAUUCUUGUACCUUCAGUUCAUCCUACAGGGCUUUGCUUCUACCUCCUCCAACACCGUCGCAAUGGGUGGACUUGCCUUCUCUCACCAGGACCCACCCCUGAAGACUCCCCGAAUGCCAACUGAGAUAUACAAGAUCAUGCGGGAUUCGGUUCUCAAUCUCCUCCUCAAGGAUUUUACUGAUGCCAAGACACCUAUCGAAGCUCCCGGUAAAGACGACUACGGCGACAUUGACGUCCUGUGUCAUAGUCCGCUCACACCUGACCUAGACCCAGCCAAAACCGACAGAAAACAGAUUGCGGCAACCAUAGGAACUAAGAUGGGCGCUCAUGCAUGGAUCAUUGGCAAGGGGGAACAGGCAAUGAAUUUCGCCAUUCCAUGGCCGAAGCGAAAGUAUACGCAGAAAAUGGAUGACGGAUCAAUUGUGGAGAUCGAAGUGGAUUAUAAUGCUGGCAACUACAUUCAGGUUGAUAUUCAUAUCUGUAAAGAUUACAAGACCUUCCGAUGGGCGUACUUCCAUGCUGCGCAUGGCGAUUUGUGGAACAUCUUGGGAACGACCAUUAGAAAGUUCGGCCUCACCGUCAAUGAUAAGGGCAUGUUCGUCAGAAUUCCCGAGAUCGAGCAGCUUGACAAGAAGAAGAGUAUGAUAUUCUUGACGGAGGACCCGUGCACUAUCCUGGCCUUUCUUGGCUUGGACCAUGUAAAGUGGUUCCAAGAAUUCUCAAGCAAGAAGAAGAUGUUCGAGUACGCAGCUACUUGUAGAUUGUUCUGGGUCAAAGACGCUGCCGAGCUGGAAGACGGUCUGAACGAAGGAGACGUAGUUGGUGACAUUGGAAACGGAGGUCAAGAAGGAGGAGACACCGGAAAGAAGAAACUCAAGCACAACGAUCGCCAACGAAUGUCCAAGCGUCCUAUCUACAAGGAAUGGAUCGAUGAGUUCAUCCCCCACCUCCGAGCUGAAGGCAAGUACCUUGAACAACGAGCUACCCGAGAUCAAGUCCGAGACGAAGCACUCGCCCAAUUCGGUGUCAAGCAAGAGUGGGACGCGAGACUGAAGGAGUGGAAGCUUUCUAGGCACAAUGACGAGCUUUGGAGAGAUGUCAUCAAAGGCGGCAUCCCAGACAUGGUCAAUCCUCAACGACGAGCUGCUACUAUUCGACACAUGAAGGAGAUCAUCAUGGAAGGCGGCAUUUUCCAGGGCUAUUACCCAGAGGCGGCCAAGACAGACGAGGACGGAUUUCACGAUCUCGACAAAGUCCGAGCUUUUGUCGCCGAAAAUUGGGAGGCUGUGAGCAAGGUGGGAUGGAAGAAGCAAGUGGACCGUGCUACGGAACAUAUGCGUGAAGUCUCGUUGGAGAAAGAACAAGGUCAACCUCAAGUUUGAGACGGUCAAUGACAGGGAUUUGCAUUGGCGAAUGAGCGAAUUGUAUUGUUUUGUAUGAUACCCAAAAGCGAAAUAGCUAGCGUAAAUUGCGGCAUAAAUGGAGUAUGAU